AUUUCAGAAAAAGUGAAUCAGCGAAGGAUUCUUCUUCCUAUUUGAGGUUUACUUUUUCUUUACUUCGAAAGUAACAGAUUGAAGAAAAUGUUGGAGAAGAUCGGUUUACCUUCAAAACCAUCACUCAGAGGGAAUAAUUGGGUAGUUGAUGCUUCUCAUUGCCAAGGAUGUUCUUCUCAGUUCACUUUCAUCAAUCGCAAGCAUCAUUGCCGGAGGUGCGGGGGCAUUUUCUGCAAUAGCUGUACCCAGCAAAGAAUGGUGCUACGUGGACAAGGUGAUUCACCGGUGCGUAUUUGUGAACCAUGCAAAAGAUUAGAAGAGGCUGCACGAUUUGAAUUGCGAUAUGGUCAAAAAAGUAGAGCGUCAAAAGGGAGCUCAAGACUUGCAUCAAAGAGUGAGGAUGAAGUUUUAAAUCAGCUUCUGGGUAAAGAAAGGACCUCAGAUGUUCUUUCCCAUGAUCAACAGUCAGCAAGCACUGCAUCAGGUUCAAAUGUUCUAGAUUUCUCUGGUAAAGAUGAGGCUGGAGAUGGAAGCAGUAAUCAGACAGAGCAGCAGGCUGAGAUGGGUUCCACUACUCCUGAAGAAUUACGUCAGCAAGCCAUGGAAGAAAAACAGAAUCACCGAACUCUAAAAGCUGCAGGUAAACCUGAAGAGGCUCUAAGGGCUUUUAAGAGGGGCAAAGAACUUGAAAGGCAGGCUGCUGCUUUGGAGAUUUCUCUGAGAAAAAAUCGUAAAAGAGCAUUGUCGUCCAGUAAUGUCACCGAGAUCCAGCAAGAUAAUGAUGCUGGCAAAGCAUCUGGUAGGAAAAAUAAGCUCUCUCCUCAAAUUACCGAAGAGAAGGAUGAUCUUGCUUCUGAACUCAGAGAUCUGGGAUGGUCAGAUAUGGAUCUUCGUACUGCUGACAAAAGGCCAGCAACCAUGAGCCUUGAGGGUGAACUUUCUGUGCUUCUUGGAGAAGUUUCUGGAAAGACUAAUCCUGAAAAGAAAAUUCAUGGAAUGGACAAGUCACUGGUCAUUGCUCAUAAGAAAAAAGCAAUCCAGCUGAAGCGGGAAGGGAAACUUGCUGAAGCCAAAGAAGAAUUGAAGAAGGCUAAAAUUCUUGAAAAGCAAAUAGAAGAGCAGGAACUGUUGGGUGAUGAUGAAGAUUCUGAUGAUGAGCUUUCUUCUUUAAUACGUGGGCUGGAUACUGAUAAAUUUGAUGAUUUAUCCGCUGGACAUAAACCAGAUUCUAGUUAUGAUUUUGACAACCUUCUUGGAACUGCUGAUGAUAUUGGUACAGAUGGUAAUUUUGAAGUAACUGAUGAUGAUAUGUAUGACCCAGAAAUAGCAGCUGCCUUGGAGUCAAUGGGCUGGACUGAAGAUGCCGCCGAAUCUGAGGUUUCAGAAAAGCAAUUCAAACCUGUUGAUAGGGAAGUGCUACGAAGUGAAAUUCAGUCUCUGAAAAGAGAAGCCGUUAACCAGAAAAGGGCUGGUAAAACUAAGGAGGCAAUGGAACUGCUGAAGAGGGCAAAAACACUGGAGAGUGAGCUUGAAGAACAACUAAGUAAUGGUGAAGAGGAUGUAAGAAAGUUCGUUGAAAGAAAGGAUAAAGAGCACAAAGUAGCACCAAAGAGUAAGUCUGUGAUCCAGAGAGAACUUCUUGGUAUUAAAAAGAAGGCUCUUGCUUUAAGAAGGGAGGGAAGGUUAGAUGAGGCUGAAGAAGAACUGGAAAGAGGCAAGAUUCUUGAGAAGCAACUUGAAGAUAUUGAUAAUCCACCAAAAUUUGUGCAGCCUAUUGCUGGGAAUAAGCGUGAUGAAAGUAUUGCAGAUAUUGAUGCUGGAGAUGAAGAUGCAGAGGUUACAGAUCAAGAUAUGCAUGACCCAACUUAUCUUUCACUGCUUAAUAAUUUGGGCUGGCAGGAUGAUGAAAAAGCUAAUGUUCCAUCUGUGUCAUUUCAAGGGAAAAAUAAUGUUUCUCAUCUUAGCGAGUCCCUAACUAAGGAAGCUAUGAGUAACAUCCAAACUCGAGCAUCUAAAAAAAGUAAAGGUGAAAUCCAGAGGGAACUUCUGGGCUUGAAACGGAAGACUCUCACAUUAAGACGCCAAGGAGAGACUGAGGAGGCAGAGGAAUUGAUGAAUGCGGCUAAAAUGUUAGAAGAACAGUUGGCUGAAAUUGAAGAAUCUAUGUCUAACCCAACUAAGUCAAAUGAGCAGAAAGAACGUAUAGCUAUUGAUUCUCCCCAUGAGAACCCACAGUUUCCACCAUCAGAUUCACGGAAGAGUCCGAUUGAGGAUAUGGAAAGUAAAGUUACAUGUACUCUGGAGAAACCAGAAGAGGUCUCUCAAUCAGAUGAGAAACCAUGCAUCUCUGAGUCAAAAACUGCCGAGGAAGUUAAUUCUCAGCUUGAUCAAAAUUCCCUUCGUCAAGAUAUUCUGGUUCGCAAGAGGAAAGCAGUUGCAUUGAAGCGAGAAGGGAAAGUGGCAGAAGCCAAGGAGGAACUUCGACAGGCAAAACUCUUAGAGAAGCACCUUGAGGAGGAAAAGACUCUGGGUAGUAGUAGUUCCACAGUCUCAGCAGGUCCUAAUACUUCACAUGUUGGACAAAAUGAAGUUAGCCCAAACAAAGUACCUCAUAUAUCUCAAGUAGGACAGAAAGAAGUAAGUCCCAGCUCAGGUCCAAAGCCAUUGUCUGGACGUGAUCGGUUUAAAUUACAGCAACAGUCUCUCAGCCACAAACGACAAGCACUUAAGUUGCGAAGGGAAGGUAGGACAGAAGAAGCUGAUGCAGAAUUUGAAUUGGCAAAAGCUAUUGAGAGCCAGUUGGAAGAAGCGUCUUCCCAAGGUACAAUGCAGUCUUCUGACCCCACAGGUGAAUCAGCAGAGGGUGUCAGUGUUGAGGAUUUUCUUGAUCCUCAGCUUUUCUCUGCUUUAAAAGCAAUUGGAAUUGCAGAUACCUUUGUUGUACCCCGUGGCCCGGAAAGGCAGGAAACGAAAAAACCUAUAACUGGUGAUACUGAUAAAACUGGCACUAUUGCCUCUCAAAUCCUUGAAAGAUCAGAGCCAAAACUAUCUGAAGCACGUGUAUCUGAUGAAACUUCCAAUGAGAGAAAGCAGUUGGAAGAGCGGGUAAAGGCAGAGAAAUUAAAGGCAUUAAACUUGAAACGUUCUGGAAAGCAGGCAGAGGCCUUGGACGCCCUUCGACGGGCUAAGAUGUUUGAGAAGAAGUUGAACGCUUUAGCUUCAUAACAAUGAAGCAGGUAUAGUGGUUGUGUUUGGACAGGCUUCUCACAUGGUAUAAACCAACGAUAAGCAAGACUGAAGUUGGGAUAACGGACUAGGUACUUGCCUCGUGUAUGCUGGUUAAGUCAUUCCAAUUGAUGAGCUCAACGAGUGAAUGAUCAGAAUUCCAGAAAAAUAAUAAAAAACCAUUUUCUUGCCCUGAUGAUGUGUUUUGUAUGUUGACAUGUAUAAUUGUUCUUUCAUAACUAUUUUCUUGAGAUUGAGAUUAUAAUACUUCAUCCCCAAUUUAGAAUUGUCAGGGGAUCCCUGUAUUCUACUUGAUUGUUCUUGUAGGGUUUUUCAUCUUCCAUUGUUAUGUAAUGUCGGAAAUUCGUGACAAUGUCGAUAACUAUUUCUUGCAAUACCAUGGCUCUUCCAAAGCCUUAUUUA